AUGGGAGUCCCAAAGUUCUAUCGAUGGACGUCAGAACGAUAUCCGUGUCUGAGUGAGGUGAUCAAUGAGUCGCAAAUCCCGGAAUUCGAUAACCUCUAUUUGGACAUGAACGGAAUCAUUCACAACUGCUCACAUCCGAACGAUGAUGAUGUGACAUUUAGAAUUACUGAAGAAGAGAUAUUUGUCAAUAUUUUUGCUUACAUAGAAAAUCUCUACAACUUGAUCAAACCUCAAAAAGUAUUUUUCAUGGCCGUUGACGGCGUAGCUCCACGAGCAAAAAUGAACCAGCAAAGAGCGAGAAGAUUCAUGUCUGCCAGAACUGCUCAGACGCAAAUGGAUCAAGCCAUUGCGAAAGGAGAAGUGUUGCCGAGUGAGAAGAGAUUCGACUCGAAUUGUAUUACUCCUGGAACUUACUUCAUGACUCGUUUGCACGAGAAACUUGAUGCAUGGGUCAGAGAGAAAUCAGUGUCCGACACCCGUUGGCAAGGUCGGAAGAUCAUUCUUAGUGGUCACAAUGUCCCUGGAGAAGGAGAACACAAAAUCAUGGAUUUCAUCCGUUCCGAGCGCGCGGGAACUGGAUACGAUCCGAACACGCGCCACUGCAUGUACGGACUCGAUGCUGAUCUAAUAAUGCUAGGAAUCGUUUCUCAUGAACCUCAUUUCUCGCUACUCCGAGAGGAGGUCACUUUCAAUACGCGCCCAAGGAAAAAUGAUCAGAAGAAGAAACCGAAGCGAACGGAUUCAGAAGUGAAGACGUUCCACUUAUUGCAUCUAUCUCUUCUAAGAGAAUAUCUCGCCUGGGAGUUUGCCGAUGUUAAGGAAUCCCUCCCAUUUGAAUAUGAUAUGGAGCGUAUUGUUGAUGACUGGAUCAUGAUGGGGCUUCUCGUAGGAAACGAUUUUCUCCCUCACCUUCCGAGUAUUCAUAUCCACGAUGACGCUCUUCCACUUCUCUACUCAACAUACAAGAAAUCUGGAUACUUAAAUCUGGCUCGUUUUGAGAAAUUCUUGGCGCAACUCUCUCUAAAUGACAAGAACUGUUUCAUGGAUAAGCUAGAAGAUGAUCAGUUCAUGGAGUCCAAAAAGCUUCCACGAAAUGGAUCCGGAGAAGAAGAAGAAGAGCUCGUUGCUUUCGAAUCAUCUGAUAUUGAAGAUGAAGAAGCCGACGGAGAGAAAGAAGAUUCCAGUAGAAACAACGAUGAUCAUGAUGCGGCAUUUGUUAGUGAUCAUGAGGAAGAUAAGAAUAAUGGAACUGGAAAAACAAGCGCUGAAGAAUCUCCGGAUUAUGAUGCUCAAUUUUUAGAGGAGGAGUUUAAUGAUGAAUUAGCAACACUCGCACUUUCUGGAAUGGAUGAUGCGGACUUCGCCAAUAACGUCGAAGCUUGCUGGACGAAAGCAAUUGACAACCAAUUCAAACGCCACAAAAAGUACUACUACUCUGAUAAACUUCGCUACAAAAACAUAUCUAAGGCAGAGCUCCGUGCUCAAGCCGAGGGGUAUGUCCGUGCUAUUCAGUGGAAUCUGCAUUACUAUUACCAUGGAUGCGUCUCGUGGAGUUGGUUCUACCCUCACCAUUACGCACCAUUCAUUUCGGACGUUCAAGGAUUCGCUGAUAUGAAAAUUGAAUUCGAACUGUCCAAACCGUUUCAACCAUUUGAGCAACUCCUCGCUGUUCUCCCAGAAGCCUCCCGUGACUGUUUACCGCGUCCACUUCAAGAAUUGAUGUCAUCGGAUCCAGCUCAAUCAGCGAUUCAUGAUUUCUAUCCAUCAAAGUUUGAAACCGAUUUGAAUGGAAAGAAAAACGAUUGGGAAGCGGUGGUUUUGAUUCCGUUCAUAGAGGAAAAGAGGCUUCUGGAAGCUAUAGAAUCGAAACAGAAUCGUCUGUCUCAAGAAGAGAAAAUGCGAAAUACGCAUGGGUGCCAUAUCCAAGUCAUUUCCACUCGACAAGGUGGUGGUGAAUGGAAAAUGGAUCGUCAGGAGCUCAGUCAGGAGAUAUUCAGAAUUCCAAAAGAGCAAGUGAAAUGGGGACUUCUUCCAAAUGUCAAAAUGGAUGUUUACUUCCCUGGCUUCCCAACAAUGAAGCACUUGAGUCACUCUGGAAAGUUGUCAUUCGCCAACUGUAACAUAUUCGGAAUGGCGUCCCGAAAAGAGUCGAUGGUCCUCAAAGUAGAGAACGAGAAGAGUGAUAAAGAUAUCAUCGAGUGGGGAUCCGAGCUGUGCGACGAGGAAGUCUGCAUUGAUUGGCCGAUUUUGAAAUUGGCGAAAGUUGAUUCGAUAUGGGGAGGAGAUGAUAAGAUUGUUCGGAAAGUGGAGGGAGAUGACGAUAUUAUCGUUAAAGACAUGACUGAAGAGGAGAAAAAGCAAUGGCAGUCCCAUGUCAAUCAGCUCACUGAACGAAUGAUGACUCGAUAUGCUAUUGAAAUUGCUGGUCAAAAAGAUGGCAAAGGGAAACACAUCCGACCAGCUCUCGCGUGGGUUCGCAAAUUCACUGGACUAGUCUAUGAAACUAACGAGGGAUCGGAUUCUGAGGGUCCUACUUUGAAGGCAGUCAAACAGUGGAGUGGACCGACGUCACUGUAUCCAGUUCUGUUGCCUCUUGUUGUCAAGGAUGUUCUUCUCGAAAACUCCCGCUUCCUUGCUGAUCUUCCAGUUUCUCUAGCUUACCCACUACAAUCAGUAGUUUGGAUCCUAGAUCCGAAGGCUUCUCUGUUUGGUAUGCCAGGAAUGGUUAACGGAUAUAGAGAUCAGGAUAAGUCUCAGUGUUGUCUUGAAGUGAUUGGAAUGACCGAUGACAACAGAGUGGAUAUAAUGGAAAAUCUUCGUAAAGACUCGGAUCGAUUCACACUUCGCUGGAUGGGAGGAUAUGAUUGUGCACGACAAUGUCAGAUAGAUGUCCGCCUUUUCGCUAGAAUCACUGGUACCAUGAUGUUAUGGAACGAGCCACGGGAAAGUGUGGAAACGGGACAACAGAUAUCGUCCGACUCCAAAAUCAACUGUGGUCUAUCGCUGAAAUACUCGAGAAGGGAUAUCUGUUUGGCUGAUUUCACGGAUCGUAUCGAGACCGUCAACGCUAGAGGAGUCACCUCGAAAGUAUGGUUCUACACUCCUCUCACUUGUGCCUUGGUGACGGAAUACAAGAAACGAUUCCCUGAAUUGAUCAAAUAUUUCGAGUCGGUUGGAAUGUCACAAACGGACGAUGUUUAUUACACAGAGGACAUUUGGAAAAACGAAAAACAACGAGACGCCAAGUUCGCCGAGCUCAAAGAGUUCUUGAGCAAUCUUCCUAGUCAUGACGCCGAACAGCUCAAGUGUGGAACCGAGUACGCCGAUCGACAGAUAAUUUCGGAAAUCGAAAGAAGAAUUCACCAGUUGCCGCCGAAAAAGAAAAGAGCAAUGACUCGAUACUUCGUACCACCAUCCAUGGUAUUCAGAUUUGAACUCUAUGAUGGAAAAGUUCAAAUGGAUCCGGAAGCGGACUUUUUGAUUUUGGAUCGUGUCGCUUCGAUGAGUCCAGAUACUAAACUUCCAAGAAUCACUCAAGGAACUGUCGUUGGAAUCCACGAUGACAAAAUUGAUGUUCUCUUCGAUGAUUCGUUCGAAGGAGGAAAUAAAGUACGCGGCUCGACUCUUGCUUCAGCGUGCCGUAUUUCAAGGAACGCUUUGGUAAAUAUCACUUUCGGAAUCAUGAGAAAAAAGACACAGAAAAAGAAGCCAGAGAUUCAGGCUCUAGAAGGAGGUUAUUCUCUUUUGAAACCGAAGAACGCAAAGCCACAGGACAAAAAUAAAGAGCAGCAGUCUACGUCUUCCAAUCCUAAGGACCAAAAUCAAAAGAAUUCGUUCAAAAAAGAAAAGAAUCAAAAGAAGGAGAAGAAGUUUGACAAUAAGAAACAAAACGAAAACACUCCAGAAACUCUUACCAAUUCUCUGAACGAACUUCUUAAGAUCAAGCCACGAAACGCGGUGCCAGUAGAAGUAGAAUCUCAGUCCACUUCAGAAGCACCAUCUACAACAACAGGGAAGCAAGUUUCUCUUAUGGAGCUACUCGGAGGGUCUGGUGCCAAGAAGGCAGCUACUACGAAUCCAAAGAUUCCUAAAAAGCCGCAUGGCUCCAAGAAUCUUGAGGAGAUUGAAGCUACUAGCAGUGGAGCUGAAAAGGAGAGUUCCGGAUCGCUCCUUCUUCAGCAGCUAACAGCUGCUCAGAAUGGUUCGAAGAACCAGAAGAAUCCGAAGCAUCAGAAGAAGAACGAAGACGGCCAGCAGAAGAAGAACGAGAAUUCGAAGAAUGCUAAAAACUCCAAGAACUCAAAAGGUAACAAAAAUCAGAUGCAACAGAAGGUCGAGAUUCUUCGUAAGCCAUCUCCAACGCAAGGAGGUUCUGCGCGAGCUUCGAAGACUCCUUCGCCUCCAGUUGUCAACGAGAAAAAGUCUUCUCAGCAAAAGAAUCCGCCACCACCACCAUCGGCUCAACAGAAGCCGCAUCAAGAACCGACCGAUCAAAAAAGAAAAACUCCGUCGCCUCCACUGGUGAACCAACCCCAAAGACCGUUUCCCAGUGCUCAACUACCAGGACAUUUCCAGCCACAUCCAAUGGGAAUGUUCCCUCCUGGAAUGAUGCAUCCGAUGGGAAUGCAUAUGGGAAUGAUGCAUCCUCAUCAUCCUCAACAGCAUCAACAACAUCAAGGAUACGAUGGAAAGCGCCAGAACCCAACACUAACCGACUUCAAGCCGUCGGUGAUAUCACGUCGUCCGAACUAUCGAAAUCAGCCACCCAAAGUGACGAUGAUCACUAAGCGAAAGUCGCCGACGCCUCCAGAUGCUCCAAAAGUGCCAGUAGUGGAGACAGCCCCUGAAUCUUCGGAGGAGAAAACCAAAAAGCCCAGAAAGAAGAAGCAGUCGCGUUUGGCUAUCAAUUUCUCUAACCCAUCACCAUCUACUUGA